CUGAAAGAUUUCCUGGAGCGCUAGUGUUAGCUUGAAGCUAGGCUAGCAUUAACACUGUGUAUACAAGUGUAGCUUGUUUUCUCACUGUAGCCAUGAAUUAAGACAGAACUGUCGGACCUCGAUCGUAAACUUCUCGUGGCUGGUUGGGCAGAGAGGUGUCAGACAUGUAUGCCUCUGGGAAAUACAGCUCGCGGGGCCCUGCUCUUAUCCCCCGGAUGAAAACCAAGCAUCGCAUAUACUACAUCACCCUCUUCUCUGUGGUGCUGCUUGGAUUAAUUGCCACCGGAAUGUUUCAGUUCUGGCCCCACUCCAUUGAGUCCACAGCUGACUGGACCCUUGAUAAACGCAGUGUCCAUGACGCACCUCUGGUCCGCCUGCCUGUCUCCAGUCCCAUUCCUGAGAGGGGUGACCUCAGCUGUCGCAUGCACACCUGUUUUGAUGUGUACAGAUGUGGUUACAAUCCUAAGAACAGAAUCAAGGUCUACAUCUACCCUCUGCAGCGGUUUGUGGAUGAACUGGGGGUUCCCAUCAGCAGCACUGGACUUUCUCGAGAAUACAAUGACCUGCUCAGUGCCAUCUCCGACAGUGACUUUUACACUGAUGAUGUUACCAGGGCUUGUCUUUUUAUCCCAUCUACUGAUGUACUGAAUCAGAAUUCUCUACGUAUCAGAGAGACUGCCCAGGCUUUGGCAAUGCUACCCAGAUGGGACAAAGGGAUGAAUCACCUGCUUUUCAACAUGUUACCUGGAGGCCCCCCAGACUAUAAUACUGCCUUGGAUGUGCCCAGAGACAGAGCGCUGCUGGCUGGAGGUGGUUUUUCUACAUGGACCUACAGACAAGGCUAUGAUGUCAGCAUCCCAGUUUAUAGCCCACUAUCUGCAGAUGUUGAGCUGCCCGAGAGACAGCCUGGGCCGCGGCGAUACUUUAUUUUGUCCUCUCAAACUGCCAUCCACCGAGAGUACCGUGCUGAACUAGAACGGUUGAAGGAAGAAAAUGGAGAAGCCCUACUCCUCCUGGACAAAUGUAGCAACCUCUCCCAGGGUGCCGCUUCUGCACGCAAACGCUGCUACAAAGGGCAGGUGUAUGACUACCCACAGAUCUUGCAGGAAUCUUCAUUCUGUGUGGUUUUGCGGGGGGCACGUUUGGGUCAGGCAGCCCUCAGUGACGUUCUGCAGGCUGGCUGUGUCCCCGUCAUCCUCGCUGAUUCCUACAUUCUGCCAUUCUCUGAAGUACUUGACUGGAAAAGGGCAUCUGUGGUUAUUCCAGAGGAAAAGCUGUCAGAGAUGUACACCAUCCUGAAGAGUAUUCCUCACAGACAAGUUGAAGAGAUGCAGCGACAGGCACGCUGGUUCUGGGAGGCCUAUUUCAGCUCCAUGAAGGCUAUCGGCUUGACAACGCUCCAGAUCAUCAAUGACCGCAUCUAUCCAUACGCUGCACGCACUUAUGAGCAGUGGAACAAUCCACCUGUAGUGAAGUGGUCCAGUGUGAACAGCCCUCUGUUCUUGCCGCUUAUCCCACCAAGGGCACCUGGGUUCACAGCUGUGGUGCUGACCUACGAUCGAGUUGAGAGUCUUUUCCGGGUCAUCACAGAAAUCUCCAAGGUGCCUAGCUUGGCUAAGCUGCUGGUGGUGUGGAAUAACCAGAACAAGAGUCCUCCUGAGGAGUCUCUUUGGCCAAAAAUCGGUGUUCCUCUCAAGGUUGUGCGAACCAAAGAGAACAAGCUGAGUAACCGCUUCUUCCCCUACGACGAGAUCGAGACUGAAGCUGUGCUAGCAAUCGAUGACGACAUCAUAAUGCUGACGUCCGAUGAGCUACAGUUUGGCUACGAGGUAUGGAGGGAGUUCCCAGACAGACUGGUGGGCUACCCAGGCCGGCUGCACCUCUGGGACCAUGAAAUGGGGAAAUGGAAGUAUGAGUCAGAGUGGACCAAUGAGGUCUCCAUGGUUCUAACUGGAGCCGCUUUCUAUCACAAGUACUUCAACUACUUGUACACAUACAAGAUGCCAGGAGACAUCAAGAACUGGGUGGACGCUCACAUGAACUGUGAAGAUAUUGCCAUGAACUUCCUGGUGGCUAACAUCACUGGCAAAGCCCCCAUAAAGGUGACCCCAAGGAAAAAGUUCAAGUGCCCUGAGUGUACUGCCAUUGAUGGACUGUCCCUGGAUCAGACACACAUGGUGGAGAGAUCUGAGUGCAUCAACAAGUUUGCAUCAGUUUUUGGUACAAUGCCUCUGAAGGUGGUGGAACACCGUGCAGACCCAGUGCUCUAUAAAGAUGACUUCCCAGAGAAGCUUAAGAGCUUCCCCAACAUCGGCAGCCUCUGACCAGCCGGUAACAGAUAUCUGGACCUUGUCACAUCUUCAAAACGUCAGCAUUUGUCACCAUCGUCAUCUUUUGUAUCAGGGCGUCAGUAUUCAGAUUAAAGUGGUACAUGCUCUUGUCAACUCUCAGUCCAAGUGACAUUCACUUUCAUCUUUAAUUUGAACUCAAAACCCAUAAUUGUACAGGAGAAUAUCUUGAAUGAGGACACUAAAAUCUGGGGUUGUUGACGAGAGUGAUUUGUUUAUUCCUUUGAAAGUAAAAAAAUAUUUACCAAAAGUAAUACAUACACUAAUGGUACAGAAGCUGCUUUUGGAGGGUCACCCUGAGGCUGAUGUUUGACAGGCUGACUGAUUUGAGGCUUGUGGUCCCUGGUCCCUCACUGUUACUGUUUUGGAGCUGGAAACCUUGGGCUACUACUACUACUCUGGAAUCAUCGUAUACAGUGUAUAUAUUUGUAUUUUGCAGCAGUGCUGUGUAAUAGUCAUAAUUUAUGAUGCUCCAACAAGGAUUCUCUAUUUUUUUGCUUCUUUUCAAAAGCUGACAUGGACCAGAUUCUUUUAGCUGUACUGUAUGAAAAGUAAUAAAUGUUUAAUUUACAUGAUAUAUUGUAAAUGAUUCAAUUACAUAUCUAUGUAGGCUUUAGCUAAUGGUCACAUGAAUGUGGUUACACACAACACGGUGGCUAACAGAUGAUGUACAGUAAAUGUUUCACACACAUUCUGUUUGAUACAAUCUGAUUGGACUGUUAGAUAAAAAAUAGUACCAUAAAUCUAAUGUUUAGAGUGAGUAACUGCUGAUAUAAAAAAUAAUGAUUAUACUGAGCUACUGGAACAUCUUGAAUUGUAAUUUUAUACUGCCCGAGCAAGCCUUUAGUCAUAUUUAUAUAUAUAUAAGAAAAGCCGUGGUGCUAAUUGAAGCAUCCACUAUAUGGUUACUGCAUAAGCAUAAAAGUAAUUAUAUGUUUGACACGCAUUUCAAGAACUACUGUAUAGUAAAUAAUAGACAACUCCCAGAUCCACAUUUUUCAAAACAGAUACGUAUAAAAUGUUGCUGCAGUCCUUUGUUUUUGUUUUGUUUUACCUCUUGUGUGUGUUUAUAUUUUUGUUCUUUUCGUCGCUAUUUGUCCCACCUCCAGUAUUUAGGCUGAAAGCAGCACAGUCUUCAAGAUGUUAACAUGGCCUUGUGAUGUUUUUAUUCACCUUUUUUUUAAAUUUUCAUUAGGUCAGUGAAAUUGUUUUAAAUUUUUUGACUGAGUUUAUGUAUCUAAAUGUAUAUAUGACUUUGUAAUACAUGAUACAUAAAGACCACACAAAUACA